AAAUAAAACAAUAUGAUAGGCUAUUAGCAUAGUGAUUAUAAUAACACAACUUAUUCAAUAGUAAUAUAAGAAAAGAACUAUCCAAUUCAAAUUCACUUAUAUUUACGUAUAUAUAUUACUGAAGUGAAACUAUCAACUUCACUUGUAUCCAUAUUGUUUCUUCUUUUUUUUUAUUUUUUUCAAAAAAAAAAUACAAAAAAAACCCAACUUAGAUGAGAUCAAUUUAAUUUGAAAAAAUAAACAAUAGACAAACAAACAAAAAAUUUUAAAAACAUAAUUAUUUAGUUAAACAAAGGAAACAUUGUAAAUUAAUUUAUUGGCAUUGAAAAUUUUGAAUAAAUUGGACGUAGAUAAACAAAACAAUAUUUCAAACUGUACUUCAGUUUCCACUUCCACUUGUAAGGAGAUACAAUCAUCAGUAAAAGACUAACAAUAAUCAUAAAAUGAACAAAAAGAAUAUGUCAAAACCAUCGUCAUUAAGAAAAUCUUCUAAAAAUGAAUUAACAUCAGAACAAAUAAUAAAUCUUAAAACAGAACUAUAUCAAUUAGCUAAAUCAAAUCUAACUCCUUUACCAAAUGAACCGGAUUUUGCAACAUGUGAUGAUACAAUAACUCGAUUUCUUGUGGCAAGAAAUUAUGUUGUUGAAGAUGCUUUUAAACAGUUGAAAACAGCUGUAGAAUGGCGUAGAGAAUAUCAACCAUUGACAAUUCAAUGUAAAUGGUGUCAUGAAACACCAGGAUUUCAUUCAGUUCGACAAGUUGGAUUCGAUCGUGAAGGUAGACCAUUGAUGUAUGCUUGUUUUGCUCAAUGUCAAACAUUGAAAAAUAAUCCAGAUGAUGUUGUUUGUCAUAUGGUUUAUCUUAUUGAACAUGCAAGACGAAGUAUACAAACUUCAGUGAAUACAUUGGUAUUUAUUAUUGAUUGUACAGGUUUAACUGUAGCAUGUUGUAAUCCUAAAAUUGGUAAAAAAUUUGUCCAGACAUUUGCUGAUUGUUAUCCAGAAACAUUAUAUAAAUUUAUCCUUAUUAAUCAUAGUACAUUUUUUCAUGGUAUAUGGAAAGCAAUUAAAGUAUUUAUUGAUCCAAAUACAGUAAAAAAAGUGAAAUUAUUAAGAAAAGAAAAAAUUAUAAAAAUAUUUAAUGAAAUGUUUACCAUAGAUACAGUUGAUUGGUUAUUAAAUGAAAUAAAAUUAAAUAAAAAUAAUAUCACAGAAAAUCAAUUAAAAUUUUGGGAACCCCCUAAAUUAAAUAAUAAAAAUCAAUUACAUGAUCCACGUGGUACUAAUGAAUAUAUUAAUAAUUAUAUAAAACCAUUAAUUCAACGACAACAACAAUAUACUCAACAACAACAACAACAACAACAACAACACCCCCAGCAACAACACCACCCCCAGCAACAACAACAACAACAAUCAAAUCAAAAAUUAUUUUUAUUAAAUUAUGAUAAUUUAGGUUAUAAAAUACAUAUGCCACAUACAAAUAUAUUAGAUUAUUUAAAUAAAACAAUAAAACAAAUAAAAAUUCAAUCAUAUUAUAAUAAUAAUAAUAAAUGUAUUAAACCAAAUAAAGAUGAAUUACAAGAAUAUGGUGUUGAUCCAAAUGAUAAUCUAUCUGAAAUUAGUGGAGGAUCUGAAGAUUAAUAAUAAUAGUAAUCAUCAUCCAAAUCAUCAUCCAAAUCAUCAUCAUCAACAUUAUCAUCAUCAAAGAAGGGACUUUAUUGAUUUUCAGAUCAUCAUUGAUCCGUUAAUUUCUUUGUUCAGAUCAUUAUUAUUGUUGUUGUUCAAUAUGACAUAUUGAACUGUUGUGUAAUUUUAUUUUAUUUUCUUUGUUUGUUUUUCUCUUUUUUCUUGGCUUGAUUGUAAAUUUUUUUUUGAACUUUUAAUUGAAUAAGAAAAUGGUUUAUUUGUUUA